UUCAUAUUCUCUCAUUCAAAAUCAAAAUCCACUCACUAACCUCCGUACUCUUAGGCAGCCUGUUAUUUCGUUUUGCGGCCAAAAUGCGGCGGCGAUCGUCUACCAAUAACGGUGAUAAGGAGGUGGCCGGUUUGAAAAGAGGGCCAUGGACAGCUGAAGAAGACGAAAUACUGACGGCUUACAUUCAGAAACACGGCCAUGGUAACUGGCGCGCCUUGCCUGAGAAAGCUGGACUCCAACGAUGUGGGAAGAGCUGUAGAUUGAGGUGGAUUAAUUACCUACGACCUGAUAUCAAAAGAGGAAAAUUUAGUUUACAAGAAGAACAAACCAUCAUUCAACUCCAUGCCCUUCUCGGAAACAGGUGGUCGGCAAUGGCAGCUCACAUCCCGAAAAGGACAGACAACGAGAUAAAGAACCACUGGAACACUCAUCUCAAGAAAAGGCUGAUGAAGCUAGGUAUCGAUCCAAUGACUCACAAGCCUCGCGUGGAAUCAUCAGCACCGCUGUCUGGUUCCACCAAGAACGGUUCCGAUCUAAGACAUAUGGCUCAGUGGGAGAGUGCCCGUCUAGAGGCCGAGGCUAGGUUGGUCCGUGACUCGAAACAGGCCGUUGCUCCAAACCCGAAUCCAAUCCACCACAAGAACAAAAACCACCUUACGCUCGAUCAGAUUCGGGUAAGACCGAGGUGCCUCGACGCACUCACAGCAUGGCAAAGCGUAGUUGCGGGCAUGUUUUCGUUUCCCAGCCAGGAGCUAGAGUCCCCGACUUCGAUCCUUAGUUUCCCUUCCGUCGGACACACCGGCACUAGCUACGCGUACGGCGAGAUGGGGCUUGAUUCGUCGAAAUGCGUCGAGAAAUCGAACCAGCCGUUGCAGGAAUUCGAGGAAACAUUGAUGGAUAGCGACAUCGAUGCAUGGUUCGACGAUUCAUUUAGGGUUGGAAAUUAUGAAAACAUUGAUCAAACUUCUUCGGAUGCUUUGACUUAUAGUGUACUCGAUUUGGUGAACCCUUCACCAUAUGAUUCCUAUAUAUUUUGA